AGCAGUAGUUCUAGAGAGCUGGUUUAAAGCUGAGGAACAGACGCUGUUAUGGCCCCCAAAACACAUAACACUCAAGAAAGCCCUUCGAGACGGAAUGCAACCAGACGACAAAUGGAUCACCUAUACGGAUGUACGAGUCCUCAUUACGUGUGGUGAGUAACUGGUGCAACACAUGCACAGCUGUUCUACACAGUCGUGCUGUCAUGUUAUAGAUAAAUCAGCUCAAUAUUUCCUUCUUUUCAAGUAUGUUUAUCUAUUGGGACAUGACAUUACAGAUGCAAAAGUUUGUUUAGGAGGCUACAUUAAACCAAGUAAACAAUAUAUAUAAUUAUAAUAAAGCGCUGGUACCUCAGAGGUCCAGCUGAGAUGUUUUGUGUAUGUAAAAUCAGAGAAGACAAAUGUGAGGAGGCAAAUAGUGAUUGGCCAGAAUGAGAUGAUGUAUGAUAGUAGCGCUUCACACAGGUGUGAUUGUUCUGUUUUUUGGGAGUUGGGAAGGAGCUGUUAGGGUAGUUCUGCACUGGACUGCAGACAUGCAAAUUGGCAUUUACCCUCUGCUCUUUACAGAGACCCUUGAUGAGGCGAAAAAACGAGAGACAAAAUAUAACACCACAAUGUGUCCAACAUCUGAAAUUGAAUCUCAUGAUGAAGGAGCUAUCCGCCAAAAAAGAAUAUCCAGGCCAAAUCAGCAGUUUAUGCAUUCUGAUUCUGAAGACCAUCAGAGUAGCAGUGCAAAAAGAAAGCGUUUUGCCAAACCACCUGAUGUUGGAUGUCCAGAUCUUGUUGCUAGCAACUACCAACAAUCACUAGCUGAUGAAGUUCUUAAUGCUGAGAUGCCAGGUUUUGCUACAGCCCACUGUGUCCAGUACCACAAGUUGCAGAAUCCACAGCGACAAAGUACAAGUAUUGAUGCAACCACACAAAGGGCCAGCAAUAAUGGGCAGCUUUUGAGAGACCUCGCUAUCCAUAAGAUGACAUCGAUGCUUGCUGAAGCUCUUGUGAUUGUGAAGGAUCUAUCCAGAGAUGUCCAAUUCAUUAAGAACAAUUUGGCUCAGAGUAACAUUACACCAGGUAGCACACAAGGACCAGCAAACCUUGUACUCCCCUUCCAGCUGCCAAUUGAAAGUGAAGAAGAUUUCAGUAAAGCGGAGUCAUUACUGAUUGAAGAGACAGUGCGUCAAAAGAUGAUUGCUCGACUGGCUCUAGUAGGAGGCACCAAUUCAGCCAACAUGAUAAGAAGAAUGUUGACAACUUGUAUGAGAAAUGCCCUGGCAAGUCAGUUCAACUGGGCUGGGAAGAAACAUAGGCAUUCCCAGAGUAAAAAGCCAUUCAAGGACACAAUCCUGCAAGAGUGCAUAUUAGUUGCUGCUCGUCAAUUCGAACCAGGCCUAACUGAUCAAAAUUACAGCGAAACAGUAAAGAAAUGGUUUCGCUAUGCACCAGACCGGGAGGGAGGCAUUGAAAGGCAACCAAAGGGACGGCCAGAAGACUGAAAUUAAAUAAAAUAUUUAAGCAAUGCCA